UCUCCACUAUAAAAAGAAUCCCACCCAACCCAUUAAAACCAAGCAAGCAAACUCUCUACUUAAUUAACCAUGGCUUUCUUCUCCAUGAUCAAGAUCCUUCUCCUCUGCGUCGCAUCCCUCUCAGCACUCCUUCUCGCCACCCCUGUCUCAGGCCAGAGCCCCAGCUACUUGCUCAGCGGUAACCGCAUCGAUGCAGGACGUUUCAUUAAAGAUAAUUUAUACUAUUUUACCAUCCAAUAUGAUUGCAACCUCGUCCUCCUGUAUGUUCGUAAUAUCUUAUGGUCUUCGGGCACCGAUAAUAAAGGUUCUGGCUGCUACGUCUCCCUUGAGAGUAACGGCAACCUCAUUAUCUAUGACAAUCAAGAUCAGGUCGUAUGGGAGAGCGGAACUAACGGAGCAGAAGGAAGAUAUAUCCUCAUACUACUCAGGUCCGGUAAUUCCGCUCAUGUUGAAUUGUUUGGCCCAAGCAUUUGGGAUACUCAGCCGGCCGGCAAAGUUGUCGUCGCCACAGCACUUAAUGGGACAAUGGGGGUUUCACGCAAAGAGCAGAACAAGGCGAGGAAAAUGGGGAAAAUUAUGGAGGUUAUGAGUGAUGAAUAGUCUGGGUUAUUUAUUUUAUGUUUAUUAAUGAAUAAUGAAUAAGACAAGCAAGCAUACAUGCAUGCAUGUGAAUGCUGGAUGAAUGGGUUUAUUAUUAUCUAAAACAUGUUUCUAAUUUCCUUGCUCUGUGUGUGUUCUUAUCGUUGAAAUAAAAUGGCAGAUUUUGAUAUUAGUGA